CGUCUGAGGAGGAGGUUUGUGUCAACAUGUCUCUGACGUUGGACACGCGUUAAUGUGUAAUGUGAUCCAAGAUAAACAUUAAGCUAAUUCGUGUUUAAACCAGAUAAAAUUAGGCGGCACAUUUUACACAAAUUUGUGGGGGCAAGUUUGAGAUUUCGAAUUUGUUGUCUGAAAAUGGAUUGUUUAAUUAUGUGGAAAUCCUAAAUGGUUUCGGUGGAUACGCAAGUUCAGUGUUGUGUAAAUUAUUAUUGCGUGUUGGAUUAUUCUGCUACAUUAGGGAAGCGACAUGCCACUCCAUAUGGCGGAGCACCAAACAAACUUUCUGUCUUUGAAGUAUAGGAUCAAAUAAAUUGUAACAUGCCUUGAAGAACAUUUUACUUACGAGGGUCGUCCUCGUCAAGUAGACAAGUAUGAAGAGACUUCGUAAGCUACACUUCACGAUCCUGCUUCUACUUCAUGCUGGUCUUAACGAGGCAGUUGAUCCAUCACAAUGUAUCGCUCCACUGGGAAUGGAAAAUGGGGCAAUCAAAGACGACGACAUAACCGCGAGCUCCUCAUUCGAUAGCGGUAAUGUGGGUCCUCAUCACGGCCGGGUGCGAACUGACAGAAAUGGCGGAGCUUGGUGUCCACUGAAGCAGGCAACAACAGAACCCGAAGAAUGGAUCCAAAUAGAUUUGAAAACAGUUCAUAUGAUAACAGCGACUGGGACCCAGGGGCGUUUCGGUAACGGUGUGGGAAUUGAAUAUGCGGAAGCUUACAUGCUGGAAUAUUGGCGACCUAGACUAUCUAAAUGGAUACGGUAUCAUAACACCAAAGGCGAAGAGGUGCUGACGGCCAACAUCAAUACGUAUCUGGAAUCUAAAAAAGACUUGGAUCCGCCAAUAUGGGGAAGCAAGAUUCGGUUCUAUCCAUACAGUUAUCACAAAAGGACAGUCUGUAUGCGAGUUGAGCUGUAUGGCUGCAGGUGGACAGACGGUAUAGUGAGCUACUCGAUGCCGCAAGGUGACAAGAGGGGAUCACAUUGGGAAUUCUAUGAUUUCGGAUAUGAUGGCCAUUGGGAUGGAGACGAAUUAAAGCACGGUUUAGGUCAACUGAUCGAUGGGAAAUUCGGUCACGACGACUUUAAAACCGACUUUUACAACGAGGAGCAAGCGUGGGUUGGAUGGAAGAACGAUACUCGACAAAAACCUAUUGAAAUCAAGUUUGAAUUCGAUAAAGUUCGCGAAUUUUCCGCCGUUCAUAUAUACUGCAAUAACCAGUUCACAAAAGACGUUCAAGUAUUUUCACAUGCCAAAGUUAUGUUUAGUGUAGGAGGAAAGCGGUUUAGAGGUGAACCGAUAACGUAUGAGUACAUGGAAGACAAAAUAUUUGAAAAUGCGCGAAAUAUAUCGAUUAAACUUCACCACAGGGUGGGACGUUUCGUCAAGAUACAGCUACACUUUGCCGCAAAGUGGUUGCUCGUUAGCGAAAUAACUUUUGAUUCUGUUGUUGCUCAUGGAAACUUUACGGUGGAAUCAGAACCGACUACCGUACCUUCGGUCAAAGGUCACAGUGGUGACAGACAUCAUGAACACAAAAUAGAAAUUCCGGUUCCUAAUAAGAUAAAUGAACCGGCAUACUUGACAAUCAUCGUGAUUGGUUUAGCUUUUAUUAUACUUUUAUUAGGUGGUGUCAUUUACCUAAUUAUUCACCGCUUCCGUAACAGAAAAUUCUUCCGAAGCCCCAACUCUUCGAAUAUUGGUUUUCCGGGCGACACUUUACCGCACCUACAGCCAGAAUCUGUGCUGGGAAUUAGCGAAAAAGGCAGCUCCAUUGAAGCGUAUGGCGUUACAGAGAUCGAAGAUUAUCGCAGGAGUCAUGGGACUCUGAAGUCGAGUUUAAGGUCGACUUUACCACUACCACACCCUGGGCACAUGACUGAAAAUAACGAAUAUCAGGAACCAUAUCAAGCUUUAAAGUAUGCGCCAUAUUAUAGCUAUAGUUCCGUUGUGAUGGAAAUGCAAGAUGUCAUGCCUAACAGUAUUAAGAAGUGUCCCAUACAACAAAUAGACGCUUAUGACUACGCAGUGCCUGAACCUGGUACUCUUCCGCUUCUUGGUUCGGAUAACACACUGCCAAUUGCUCGAAGUCGUGUCAGUAGUGUAUCGCUGAAAAGUCAAAAAAUGAACUCAAGAAACAGUCACAGUGAAGGAAAAAGGUCUCCAACUCAACAGGAGGCCCUCACUGCGCUAAAGAAGAGACUGGAAGACACUCAACUAGUGGAGUUUCCUAGACACCGACUGCGAAUGUUAUCCAAACUGUCAGAGGGAGCAUUUGGAACUGUGUAUAUUGCUGAGGCGGAUGGUAUAUCAGAAUAUUCCUCCUCCAUGUCGUUAGGAACAAGAUUAGUCGCUAUUAAAUUUUUAGGUGAAAAUGCAUCUGAGAAAGAAAAAAAAGAUUUUUACCGCGACGUUAGAAUCUUGGCAGCACUGGAGGACCCCAACAUAGCACGUGUUUUGGGCAUUUGUAGUCAGGAGGAACCAAUUUGUGUGGUGAUGGAGUAUUUAGAUCACGGUGAUUUGUGUCAGUUUUUAAAAACACAUGUUGCUGCGGACAACAAUAGCAGUUUACCCUAUGGUGUAAAGUCACUUUCUUUCAAUUGCCUUUUAUAUAUGGGUGCUCAAAUAGCUUCAGGCAUGCGUUAUUUGGAGUCCCUUAACUUCGUACAUCGAGAUUUAGCGACGAGAAAUUGUUUGAUAGGAAAAGGAUAUCACAUUAAAAUUUGCGAUUUUGGUACUUACAACGAAGUUUAUAUAAAUGAUUAUUACAAAGUAGAUGGAAACACACCGCUACCGAUCCGAUGGAUGGCCUGGGAGUCCGUGUACCAAGCAAAGUACACAACGAAGAGUGAUGUAUGGGCUUUUGCUGUUACUCUAUGGGAAAUUUUGACGCUGUGUAGGAGACCGCCUUAUGAUUCUUUGCCAGAUCCUGAAGUCAUGGAAAACUUAGCACACAUGCACUGUGAUGAUGGACAGUAUAUGUAUCUACCUCGACCUUCUGCUAGCAAAGAUAUUUAUGAUUUAAUGCUAGAGUGCUGGAGACGUAAAGAUGUUGAAAGGCCAAGUUUUAGAGAAAUUCACAUAUUCUUGCAGAGGAAAAAUUUAGGAUACGCUCCUACGUAGUUUAGGAAGACUGGUUAGCUAUAGAGGGAUCAACAUUCAUGUAUAUAGAACACAGGGUGAUAACGUCUAUUUUUAUUUAAAAAUUGUAUAUGUUCGAGAUUUUGUUCAGUGAAAAAUGUGUAUAUUUGGUUAGCUUGUAUAUUUAAAUCGUGAAAUGUAUGUUUUUAUUAACAGAUUUGAUUUUAUCGAAUACACCAAUCAAAAAGUUCAAGUGAUUCACGUCGUUUGUUCGUAAUGAUAUAAUUAAUUAUUAAGAAAACACAAAGUAGCAAAUAAUUAUGAGGUGAGUCUAUUUUUUAAAGUCUGUUAAUACAAACAAUGUGUACCUAUCCAUGCUUUACUCAUUUGUUAUAUGAACUCUUUCACAAGGCACAAUAAUUGAAGACAAUGUAUAGAUAAUAUUGUAAAAGUAAUAUCAGUGUUAUAUAAUUAUUAUAUUUACUAGUCAAUUGAGGCGCCUAAAUAAAAUAUUUUCAACGACUUAAGAUGUCACAAAAAGGAGCUUAUGAAGGAAAAGGGAGUAACGAAAAAGCAUUCUAAACUGUAUAACUUUGACAUUAGAUAGAGUAUUAACAAUAUGCGCUCCUGUGCUUUACAAGUGAUGUCUAUUUAUAGAAGUAAAACUUUUCUAGUUACCAAAAGAACGUAAUUCUUGAUUGAGUUUCCGUAUUGUUUUUAUACUCGCUGAAACUGUAUGCUCGAAGAUGUAUGUACCUACCGUAAUAAUUUUAAGAAUCAAGUUUAUUUACAUAUAUAUUUGAAUAUU